AUCAGGCAAAAAAGUCAGUUGUAUUUUGUGAGACAUUAAACGCAACACUUAAUUGUGAUUAUCUUUAAAUUGGAUCCGAUUUGUGACUCAAACCCAACACAUCGAGAGAAGACACGUGUAGUCGAUAACCCGCUGAAGACAUGUCUGUAACGAACCAACGAUUAAGAGUGGGUUUGACUGUUGGGAAGCAGUGGUGGCGUCGGGUGUUGUCGCCGAUGAGCGCCACGAGUGGCCACCGAAUGGCCUCUUCUUCGGCCAACUUUCAGUUAAAACCGUUUAAAUUGCAUAAAUUGGACGAAUCGCCCGACACUGAAGUGACCCUCAAUAGGGACGACGCCCUCAAGUAUUACCGAGAAAUGGUGACAAUCCGUCGGAUGGAAGCGGCGGCCAAUGCCCUCUACAAAGACAAGACGGUCCGCGGCUUCUGUCACCUCUACUCGGGUCAGGAGGCGGUGGCCGUCGGUCUCGAGAACUCUAUUCGUAAAACGGAUGCCGUGAUCACCGCAUACCGGGCCCACGGCUGGAGUUGGAUCCGCGGCGUGUCUAUGAUUGGAGUGCUCGCGGAGCUGACCGGCAGACGACUCGGCUGUGCCCGAGGAAAGGGCGGAUCAAUGCAUAUGUAUAAUGAUAACUUUUUUGGUGGCAAUGGUAUAGUUGGAGCUCAGGUACCAUUAGGUGCGGGCAUAGCAUUGGCUCAGAAGUAUAGGGGAACCGAUGGGUUAACUAUCGCUCUGUACGGCGACGGCGCCGCAAAUCAGGGACAAGUGUUUGAAGCCUAUAAUAUGUCUAAAUUAUGGUCACUGCCAGUGAUAUACGUUUGCGAGAAUAACGGCUACGGAAUGGGAACGUCGGCCGAAAGGGCCGCCGCCAGUACUGACUACUAUACUCGCGGUGAUUAUAUACCUGGCCUUUGGGUCGACGGUAUGGAUGUCUUGGCUACCCGAGAGGCGACUCGUUUUCUGGCGGAUCUGUGCCGCAAAGGGAAGGGACCGUUCGUCAUGGAAGUGGCCACUUAUCGAUACCACGGGCACAGUAUGUCAGACCCGGGAACCAGUUAUAGGACGCGCGAUGAGAUUCAGGAAGUGAGACAAACGCGUGAUCCCAUCACUUCAUUUAAGGACAAAAUAAUAAGCACUGAUUUAGUGACGAUUGAAGAGUUGAAAGAUAUCGACAACAAGAUUAAGAAAGAAGUGGACGACGCGGUGGCGAUCGCCCGCUCGGAGCCAGAGAUAGGCGCUGAGGAACUGUAUGGCGACGUCUACAUGAUUUAGUGACGAUUGAAGAGU